AUGUCUACCACAGGAUCUCGCCUCGCAGGCAAAGUAGCCAUCGUCACCGGCGGCGGCUCUGGCUUCGGUGCCGCCAUUGCAAUCCGCUACGCCCAGGAAGGCGCCAAAGUUGUAAUCGGCGACAUCAACAUCCAAGGCGCCGAAUCCGUCUCCUCCCACUACCCGUCCUCCAUCACCUUCCAAAAAAUGGACGUAACGUCCCUCGCCGACUGGCAAUCCGUCAUCUCCCAGACCGUCCAGGCCCACGGCCAUGUUGACAUACUCGUCAACAACGCCGGCACGACGUACCGCAACAAACCCUCCGCAGAAGUCACCAUCGAAGAAUUCCAACGCGUCUUCGACGUCAAUGUGAAGAGCAUCUUCCUCGCGUCCCAGACUUUCAUCCCAAAGUUGAUCGACCAGGGUAAAGGUGGAUCGAUCAUCAAUAUCUCUUCCACCGGUGCACAGAGACCAAGACCUGGACUCGUAUGGUAUAACUCCUCAAAGGGAGCAGUGUCCAACGCUACCAAAGGCCUCGCUGCCGAGUAUGGUUCACAUCAGAUUCGUGUCAACAACGUUUGCCCUCUCCUUUCUGGUACAGGUCUCUUUGAGAUGUUUGUCGGUGUCCCGGAUACCCCUGAGAACAGGCAACAGUUUAUCUCCAAUGUACCCUUGGGCCGACUUACCGAUCCCAACGAUGUGGCCAAUAUGUGUCUAUAUCUUGCCUCUGAUGAGGCAGCCUUCAUCAAUGGCACCGAUUUGGUUGUCGAUGGUGGAAAGUGUAUAUGA